CGAACUGUUUAACUGACACAUUUUCCUACACGAUUAGUAGUAGUUUAGUAGUAUAGUUUAUCUCUGCAGAAGUAGGUUAACCGUUUAAAUAAACAAAUACACAUGUAUACAUAAAGAGCUAUAGUUUCUACGGAUUAUACAUUUAGACUCGUGAUCAAAGUAGAGCUAUGAGCGAAUCAAACAACAACGAGGAUACCACGGCUAUUAAACAUCAGAAUCCGGAAGAAGAACUUAAACCACGUAUUGCCAAAGAUUCAGUUCCUGAUCUUGUUUACAGACUCUACGGGCUAAAGGUCAGAGAAAUCAAAGAGUUGCCAAGUUACGAUGACUUAAAUUUCUUCUUUCACGCAGACAACACAAUCGAAAACAAAAAUAUUAAAUCUGUGAACAAGGAUGGCUAUGUUCUGAAAGUUAUGAAUUCUCUUCAAUCAUCUAAUCCAGAAGUUAUUGACGCCCAGCAUGCACUGUGUCAGUAUGUUCGGGAACGAGGUGUACCUACUCAAGUGCCGAUUCUUAAUAUAGACGGACGGGAGUGGAGUUUGGAAACAUUUCAUGACAACGAAAAUGGUAAACCAGUGAAGAAUGGUCCCUACCUAGUUAGAUUAGUGACUUUUGUUCCUGGAAAAAUAUUUCACGAGACGCCAUAUGUGCCCGGAUCUUUCUACAAUGUUGGUAUAUUCGUCGGUAAACUGCACAAAGCCAUGACUGGGUUUCGCCACAGCUUCUACGAUAACUAUACACAUAUCUGGAUCGUGGGUCAGGUACCAGCUGUGAGAGACUUUUUGAAAGCCGUUACUUGCAAAGAAGACGUUGCCGUUGUUAAUGAAGUGAUCGACGCAUUUGAAGAUCAGGUUGUUCCAGAACUGAACAAGUUUACGAAAGGUGUUGUGCACGGGGACGUGAAUGAACAGAACACCAUAAUGUACGAAGUCCCUGGGCAAGACAAUAUACCACCUAGUGAACGUGUUCAUGACGUUAACGCAAUGCUCGAUUUUGCAGACGUCAGUGAUUCAUAUAAGGUGUAUGACAUUGCUAUUUGUAUAGCGUACCUAAGCAUCGAUUGCCCCGAAGAACGACAGGCUGACGUUGGUGGCCAUGUCCUAGCUGGAUACUUCAAGUCAUGCUCACUUAACGAAGAUGAAUUUGAAGCCUUGAAAAUCCUAGUUUGUGCCCGGCUUUGUCAGUCUCUUGUUUAUGGUGCCCAUUCUUACGCGCAGCAGCCGGGAAACACGUAUUUAUUGACUACAUCUAAAGGUGGUUGGCCGCUAUUACACAAAUUAUGGCAAAUUCCGAGCAAUAUACUAUAUGCAAGAUGGAAGGAAAUAAUGAAACAGUACAAAUAACACUAACCUAAUUGUGUUUAUUUCUCUUUACCAGAUGACCUGAUACGUUAUGUGACAUAAUUAAGAUAUUUAAAUAAAGAGCAGAAGUAAGUUA